AUGAUUAAGGAACUAUUUACAGUUUUAGUUUUAACUUCAUCUUAUUUGUCAGAUGGAAUUUUGGUUAUGCCUCCUUCAUCCCCGACCAUUCAUCAGUUAACCAUCGGUUUGGGAGUUCCUUUGAAUCUUAAACAUGAAGCUGUCGUUUAUGGUUGGACAAUCAAGACUCAUUAUUAUCUCCCAGAAUCAACAGCUCAGCAAUUAAAAUGGUCAUACUUUCGUGGGGUAUGGAAAAAUUACGAUGCGAUGCAUUUAGAAACGAAAUUAAAGCCUUUCCCUUACGGUGGUCGAAGAAAACGUGAAGAAUUUACUGAUAAAAUGUUUGAUCAGAAGUAUGAAAGUAAUAAUGUUGAGGUUGAGGAAACUAGAAGUGUACAACUUAAAAAGGAUGCACUAUACGAUGAAGUAGAUGAACUAUUCGAUGAUCACAUUGAUAAUCAAGGAAAUAUUCCAAAGCUUAGUGACUAUCCAUUGAAGACAGAGAAAGAAUUGAUGGAUAUGAGUGGAAUUCGAUGCCCGUCUUCAACAUCUGAUGUGAUAGUGAAUAGAGAACAUUAUGACUACUUAAAGGCUGAGAUGCUUGGAGAAGCUGGACAUCAAUUAAUUCUGGGUUUGGGAGUUCCGUUAAAUCUUGAGAAUGAAGCUGUUACUUAUGUAAAAGCUCAAUACUUUCUACCUGAAUCGACAGCAGAGCAACUUAAAUGGCCUUAUUUUCCUGGAGUUUGGUCCAACUACAAUGGUCUUUUGACUCCACCAAAAAACUUGACUAAAACUGCUUUGAAUACAGUUUCACAGUAUGUUGAAACUAGAUGGAAGCCUUUCCCUAAUGGAGGUCGAAGAAAACGUGAAAUUUUGAUUGACAAACUUUCUGGACAAAAGUACGAAAAAUAUGAUGUUGAAGUUAAGGAAGUUGGCAAUGUAGAAUUAAAAAUUAACAAUCUGUAUGACGAUGAAGAAGAUGAAAUGUUUGAUGAUUACAUUGAUAAUCAAGGAAAUAAACCAAAACUUAGUGAUUAUCCAUUGAAAACGAAGGAAGAAUUGAUGGAUACGAGUGGAACUCGAUGGCUGCUUUAUGAUGGUUUUGGAAAGAUGCUCACAGCAAAAGGAUUAGAAGGAAGAUAUUGUGUCUUAAGAUCAAUUUGUGAAGCAGCUGAAUCGAAUUUUGGAUUCCAUAAUGGACUUUUUGGACAAUUAUUUCACUUGUUCUUCACCCCGUCUUCAACAUCUGAUGUGAUAGUAAACAAAGAGCAUUAUGACUACUUAAAGGCUGAGAUGCUUGGAGAAGCUGGUAAACCAUGUGAUCAAAUUUUCCAUCAAUGCAAGCGUUCAGUUUUGGAGAUCUUCACGAAAAGUUAUGAUAUGGAUUUUAAGAUUGAUAAAUAAACUUACUCCAUUUGUUGAACCCGUUGUAAAUGUUAAAAGACAUGUAGCUUUAUUUAAUGCGGUUAUGAGG